AUGAUAUCAGCGGAGGGCGAUAUCAAACCAGACCCUAAGAACCCCAGGCGAUUAAUAUCGAUGUAUCCAGGUGAACUGAGACCUCAAACAACCACCACAGCUAAAUAUAGCGACCGGUGUUUGUAUUCUGUUGAACAGGCUAUGGCUUCCUACAAAACUUCGGUUUCGGUGUACUGGCAAGCUCCUUCAUCAGGGAAUGGCUGUGUCACUCUACGCGCAAUGGUUGCUAUUAACGACGAGGUAUGGUAUGAAGAUGGGGUUCCUUUGACGCAGAAAGUGUGUGAGGAUCUGAGGCAGCCGGAUGAUGUGGCACCACAACUGAACCUCGAGUGCGGGAUCUGUGAUGAAGCUAAAUAUGAGCUAACCUUCACCGGAAUAUGGUCACGAAACACUCAUCCAUACUUAUACCCUGAAAACGACUGGCUGCCAAGAUACAGUGAUCUGGUCGGAGCAUCUCAUAACGCCGACUAUAUCUUGUGGAUGCCGGGAAAUCUGGCUUCAGAAGGAUUUAGAGAUCUGGCUGAACACGCAAACUCCAGCGUCCUAGAAGCUGAGAUCCGCGGAAAGAUCGGAGAUGGAGUAAGAACUCUAAUAAAAGGAAAGGGCCAUGGGUACCGUAAGAUGUUCCUCCCAACGUACUCCUUCUUCCGCGUCGACAAAGAGAACCACCUGUUCUCGGCAGUGGUUGCUUUUACUCCUUCGCCCGACUGGUUCCUAGGAGUAACCAGGUUUGAACUCUGCCAAGAAGACAACACAUGGCUGAAAGAAAGGGAGCUUAAUCUCUUUCCUUGGGAUGCUGGUACUGACAGUGGCGUGUCUUAUGAAUCUCCUAAUAUCGUGACAUACCCUCAAGAUUCCAUAUCUCGUGUAGAAAUGAGUUCGUAUGACAAAAAUUCGCCGUUCUACGAAGUGGAUAUGAAGGACAUGCAUCCAUUUGGCAAGUUUCACAUCAAGCUGAUCAGAACUUACCACAGAGACUGCGAGGAAGAAAGUACAGAAGAAACACCAGCGACUGAAGCACCGAAAACAUCGGAAGAAGAACCAGCUGAGACGAGUGAGGAGGCUAAACCGGAGCCUCCAGAGCCAUCCAGCGAAUCUCCACUAGUGACUGAAGCCGAAAUCGUGACCGUGGCUCCAGAAAACUGCCCCAUGUCGAAAUGGCAGGAAUGGAGUGCGUGUGAUGGGGAAUGUGAAGAUGGAAAAGUUGUAGGCAUUCGAUGGAGAGAGCGAUAUCAUCUGGUGGAUGGAAUCCCCGUUGAGAAGUACGAUCCUCAUGCUAGGCAUCAUCCCAGAAAGGAAGUGUCGAAGUACUGCAAGGCUCAUGUAGCAACGUUCGAGAAGGAGGCUUGCGAAGAUGAGUGCACAAUUUCAGAAGAAGAGGACGAUCUCACAGGUCGACAUAUAAUCCUAUGCCUCAUUCUACUUCUGAAGACCUGUUCCUGUUUAUACGAAGUGUGCGAUAGACGACCUCUAGGCACGAACACGGAUCCCUUGCCUCCUGACAACCGUUUCCUGAUUGAUGUCUAUGGUAUACGAGACAAUAUGUACAUACCGAAAGAAGAAUAUUCGGGAACACCCCUGUCUAUGUCUUUGUGGAUUUACAGAUGUCAUGUUAAUGUUUAUUUUUCAGUUCGUCUAUUUUCAAGGGACGGAGUGUCUUCCUUUAUUGCGUUUACGAUAUCUAUACGUGAAGACACAACGGAGAAUAAGAAUAACCCUAGGAAGCCAAUCUUGCUAAGCCCGGGCAAAUUGGAACCGCUGCCGAAUUCAAACAACACCAAAGUUCUGACUACUUGCAAUAAUACUGUUAUACAAUCUGAUAUUACACCGAAAACCUAUGUUGAGGCAAAAUGGACAGCCCCAGAGAAGGACAAUAAGUGCGUGACAGUUUUCGCCGUAGUAGCUGUGAGACCAGACGUGUGGUACAGCUUUGAAGGACCACUGUCUCAACGUAUUUGUGAGGACCGACGAAAGGCUGAUGAUAUGCAGCCUAUGGAAAAUUAUAACUGCCAAGUUUGUGAGGACGCGAGGUAUAAGCUAAUAUUUGAAGGCAUGUGGUCGUAUAACACCCAUCCUACGAUGUACCCACCAGAGGAUCUGGUAGCAAGAUUUAGUGACGUGGUUGGUGCUUCUCAUAGCAACGACUUCUCUCCCUUCAAGUAUAACUCCGAUGCUACUGACGGCCUGAAGCUUUUGGCUGAACAAGGAAACACUACCAAUUUGGAGGUCGAAAUAUAUCAACGGCUAGGCACUGACGUCCGAACAGUAAUAAAAUCAAGAGCUCCACCAAGUACCAAUAUGAAGACCAUAUCAACCUUCAGAGCGAGUAGGAAGCACCACAUGGUCUCCUUAGCAACAGCCAUCGUGCCUUCUCCAGAUUGGUUUCUUGGAGUGGCCAAUUUGGAACUUUGUGAUGCAAAAACACAUGAAUGGGCAGACAAUGUCAUCUUUAAUUUGUAUCCCAUGGAUGCGGGGACGGAUAGUGGAAAGAAAUUCGAUUCCUCAAAUGAAGCGACAGCGCCGCCCCAGCCAAUUUCAACAGCAAAAAUUGACGCGAAUAUUCCGAAGGAGCAAUUGAAGCCGUUUGCAAGACUUGUGUUUCAAUUGAUACGGACUUAUUACAAUCCUAACUGCACGGAAGAAACGACUUUCACUGAAGAGACAGGUGGUGAGGGCGAAAGCGGCGAUAAUACGGAUGACGGAUCAGACGAAGGUGAAUAUACAAACAGAGUGGACAACCGGCCAUCUCCUCCAACUUCCACCACCAGCGAGGAGCCACCGUCGAUAGAUCCUGAAUCAUCGCCAGAAUGUCCAAUGACCCCUUGGGAAGACUGGCAAGAAUGCGCCGGUGAAUGUAUCGAUAAUAAGUUGAACGGAUAUCAAAUCCGAUUCAGAUAUCAUGUUGGGGAUCCAUCGCCCGAAUGUUUAAAAAUGCCUCUCACUGACAUGCAAAAUUGUGAAGAAGAAUGCGAGGAAGAGGCAGCAGAAGGUGAAGAAGAGGAAGAGGAAGAAGAAGAAGAAGAAGAAUAG